CGACUUCAGUCGCUGCGGUACGAUUUCUACUUUCAAAAAUUGAGCAAAUACCUUGCAUUAAACCAAUUUAAGUUACUUACCUACCAGAAGUACUUAUCACCACUUAUCUCUCAAGAUUAUAUGACUGAUAAAUGGGCAAAGUUGUACCUAAUGAUUUCUGAACAUCAAUCUAUAGUAUCUGUCAGUUGCCUUCAGAUGGCUUGCAUUGAAAUAAUAAAUUCUUUCCGUAACAAAAUGCUGUCACCCGUAGUGAUAUUUACCAUCUUGUUAAUAUGUAGCUGUAUGAUAAAUGCUCAAAAAUUCACAGUGAAGACUCAGAAUGAAGAAGAAACAAUUAUAAUGGAUACAAUAACCUACAGCAAUUUUACAGUCGAGGGUAACUUCUCACUAAACCCCUCGCCCUUGUACUUAUUUAUUCACAGUAAAGACAACAAACUAGCAGAGCCCCAGAAUGCUUUCAUUGUACUCAAAAAUGAAGCUACUACCAACGGUAUUUGGAAAUCCAAGGGAAGUUUUGGAGUAUCGGGCGUUUUUCUAGGAAAAACGACGGUUUUAUUAAACCUACAAAACAGCAACUCUGAAAUUCUGGCAAGUGGUGAGAUGGCAGUAAAGGUGGUUAGACCCAAGCGCGUCAUCGACACGGUUUUUACAUCGACAGUGGCCACCUUAGUUUCCAUAAUUUAUAUUAACUUCGGCUGCGCGUUGAACUGGAAGGAAGUGUACUCCUCCGUGAAAAAGCCGAUAGGUCCAGCUAUUGGAUUCGUUGGACAGUUUGUCUUUAUGCCACUGAUCAGCUUCGGUUUAGGGAGAUUAGUAUUUCCAAACGAUCCCCAAAUGCAGCUGGGAUUAUUUUUCACUGGCAUCUCCCCAGGUGGUGGUGCGUCCAAUGUUUGGGUCGCCAUUUUAAAUGGAAACAUUCAUCAAUCGAUUACUAUGACAACGAUUAACACGUUUUGUGCGUUUGGAAUGAUGCCUUUGUGGUUGUUUACUCUGGGAGCGAUUAUUUUUGAAGAAGCAAAACUGGAAGUGCCUUAUCGCCAAAUAUCGACAUACGCAGUAGCCUUAGUGGUGCCUUUACUUAUCGGAUAUCUUCUCCAGAGGUUUUGCAAGAGAGUGUCGAAUUUUUUUGUUAGAAUACUGAAAGCGUUCUCCGGUCUCCUUAUACUAUUCAUAGUUAUAUUUGCAAUAGUCUCCAAUUUAUAUUUGUUUAAAAUAUUUUCGUGGCAGAUUAUAGUUGGAGGUAUGGGAUUGCCAUGGUUAGGUUAUAUACUUGCGUAUGUACUUGCCAAAUUGUUUAAACAAUCCAAGGAACUUUGCCUUACGAUAGCUGUCGAAACUGGAGUGCAAAAUACUGGGAUAGCAAUAUUUUUGCUUCGGUUCGCCUUGCCGCAACCCGAAGCAGACAUAACUACAGUUGUUCCUGUGUAUGUUGCAAUGAUGACACCAGUGCCCCUAAUGUGUCUCGUCCUGUAUCAAAGAAUCACCGCAAGGUGCUGUGCAAGUGCUGAGAAAACUGCUUUACUCGAUAAGGACCAACCCGUAACAGAACAAGUUUCAAAUGACAACCUUUUUACUCUAUCUGACAAGGAUGCCGUAUAGUAAUGGCGUAUUUAGAUUGGAACGUAGUUUAAUAUUUAUAAAGUUGAUCUGUGAUGCGAUAGUAUAGAUGACAUUGCAAGAAUCCAAGAUAUCAAUUGAAGGAUUUUUGUACCUUUACUCAUGAGUAAUCUUUUGGAAGUUCCUAUGUUCAUUAUUUAUACAAUUAGAUUGGUACAUAUGUUUGCAGAGUCAAAACCAUGUUCUAACAAUAAAAAAUUAAAAACCCAAAACCGCACCAAAGCAAUGGCGCGCAUUAUAACAGCACCUCACCUUUUGCGUAUCGUGGAUAUGGUUCGGCCCCCAAUUUUUUAAACAUUUUGCUUCAUGUUUAGAACCCAUUAAAAAAGUAUUUACGACGGCAUGACUAGACUAGCUCAUUAAAACGGUGUAUUCAAUUUAAAAGAAAUAAAGCAGCGUUCUCAAAUUGCUUAGCGAAGACUUGCGCAGAACUUGAUCUUCUUCAAAAAUAUAAAAUGAAUUGCUCCUAUCACUACUAUUACAUUU